AUGACCCCCAUAUUCUUCGAAGCUGAAAUAAGGAGUUGGGAUCGGGAGCUUAGAAGUCAGAAAAGGAAGAUACUGGUUCAUGUUAACAAUUGUCCAGAACAUCCUGCACUCUCUGGUUUGGAGAAUAUUAAGCUUGUUUUUCUUCCUGGGUAUAUGACAAGCGUAUUGCAGCCCGUGGAUCAAGAAUUAAUCAGGAGUCUGAAAUGCCAAUGUCGUAAACUCAUAUUACUGAAAAUGAUACAAUGCACUGAGAAGAAGCAAGAUUAUUCUACUUCACUGCUGAGUGCGAUCAGAUACAUUACCAAAACUUGGAGCCGAGUCAAGGCCCAAACCUUCAAGAAGGGUUUCCGUCAUGGGAAAGGCACAACUGAAGGAGUAAAUGCCGCCAAAAUUGAAGACACCUUCGAUGACACUGAUGAUCUGCCACUAUCUGAUUUGUUGCCUGAAAUCAGUUGUGAUAAUCUCAGUCGGCGCGUCUUUGAAAUGUAUGCAACAAUAGACGAUUACCUUGUUACAACCGAAGUACAAACUGAAGAAAUUGCAAAUGAAGUGAAAAAUCAGGGCCACAGUGACCAUGACGUGAGCGAGGGAGAUGCAGUAGUAGAUGAAGAAGAAUGGAAUUAA